AUGGAACCAAAACCGCGGCAAAACGUCCAAAGGCCAAGUCUUCGAUUGGAAACGAUGGUUCAAAAAGGCCCUCCGCCGGCAAUGGCUUCCAUUGUACGUUUAUUUCGUUCUCAUAUAUUUGAUUUUGGAUGAAACUCGACCACUGCGUUUCAAAGUUGGCAAAAGUUGCGAUAAAAAGCGUUUCUUCCGAAGAAAAACUGCUUAAAUAUUUUUUUUGUCAAAAUAAAAUAAGUGACGAGAUCUUUUUUUUGAGUAGAAGAAAAAUAGAAUUUGAACUAUUACAUCGAGUUUCGAGCGUUUUUUUUAUUAAGGAAAUUGAUUUUCCUGUUUUUUGUACUGCCUUAGGGCGAAAUUCAAAUUUUGCCUCAAAAUAUAAAAUAGACACGCGCAUGCAACCGAGUAUAUACAUAGUAAACGUGGAGACCUCAGACAAAUCGCCUUUUUGUUUUUCAUGCUCUCUAAUUGGUUCCAGGCGUGCCAACGCGCCUUCUUAUUCCGAAUCACUGAUCGCUUUCAAGAACUUUUUUUUUCUUUUCAGUUCGGAUCGAAUACAAGCCGCUCUAUGAAUAUGUCGACGUCAGGAAGGUCGAGAACAAUUUCUGGUUGGUCUUUCUAAUUAAAUUCCGUGCUUUCGAAUUUCUUUUCAAAUUAUGAAAUUGUGAGGUUUCAUGAAAGCUUUUUUGCACCCUUCCGGUUUUCUCUUUUUUGUAAACUCGGCUUUUCAAUUAUUCUGAGGAAGCCAACUAAUAACUUGGAGUAAUUAUGUAGCAAAAAAGAGCUUUUUUCUCACGAGUAUUAUAUUGCAAGCUUCAGGGAAGUUUUGAGAGCUUCUGAAAGUUAUAAAGUGUAAUAUGAUUUUAAUAAAUGAUGAAGGAAUGUUCAGAAUCGGCGGUAAACCCGACGCCUCGUCGAAUCCGCGGAGAUCCGAUUCCUUCGCAGGCCCCGCUUAACUUGAUGAGCACUCAGGUAAUUUUUUUAUAAUAAUAAAAACAUUCUCGCAGAUGUAGGGAAUAAUAUAACUUAAAAACGAAAAAAAAGAAGAAAUGAUCAAGAGACAAUAAAAAAAUAGAGAUCUUUAAAAAAAAACAAGACUUUUUUUAAAAAUAUAUUCAAAUUUUUAAUGAAGUUCACCCAAUUUCGAGGUUUAUCUAAACGAUCAAAAACAACACUCAAUUUCCAAGUUCUUCUGAAAUGUCAAUUGAAGUUUGGUUCUUGAUUUUACCAUUUAUCAGUAAUUUUCUCGAUAAUUAAUCGCUGCAAUUGACGCUUUGGUCCGCGAAUUUUUUUCAUAAUCGGCUCAAUUUUCACUUUUUAAACGGCAAAACUCGAUGAACUUCCCAUCUCUGAAAUGAUGAUUUAUAGAAUAUCUGAAAAUUCCCGUUUUUUCUUUUUCAAGUAGAUUCUCAUAAACUUCUUUCAUUAAUUGAAAGUUGUUUUGAAUACUCGCGAGAAAUGGUCUUUGAGGCUCUGACUUCAUCAAAUGAUUAAAAAAAUUAACUUUUUGUUUAAAGUUAAAAAGAAUGUUUAUUCAUUUUUUUCAAAAAUAUAAUUUGACCAUAAUUGGGAUUUUUUUCUGAAGUUUAUCUUGAGAUUUAUAUGUUUAAAGGGCGUGCGAACCGUAUUAUCUUUUUUUCUUUGUGAAAUAUUAAAGCUUUUUUUCACGGAUUUUUUUAAAAGCUGCAAGAAAGAAAUAUUUUUUUGCGUAUCCAAUUGCAACCCUCAAAAAAAGUUAUGAUUUGCUCGUAAAUUAGAGAGGAAGCUAUGGGAAUCAGUAUCAAAAAUUUCGUUUCCCACGGCUCACUUUUUUUCCUUUUUUUUUUCUCGAAACUUUAGGCAGCAUCCGAAAAAAUGGUUCCAUAAUCUUUUUAUUUUGCUCUUUUUCCAUUUAAAAUUUAUGGAAAAACUGUCUUGAAAUAUGAUUUUUUUUCAAAAGUCGUUCAAAAAUUCUGAAAUAAAUGAUUUUUUUCGUGCUUCGAACGUUAAUGUUGAAAUAUCUGGACUCUUUGGACUGUAAGCUAACUGGAUUUUAACAUUUUCACACUUAGUUCGAAAUAUUUUCAAUUACUGUAAAAAAAAAGUGAACUAGGUAUCGCUGAAUUAUCUCGAAAAAUUCCCUCGACUCGAUUAAGCCUGGUAAUUUUUCAAGCAUUAAUUUUUUUAAUUUUUUUCAUUUCUACACAGAGAUGACUUUUUUUGAAAAAUGUUUUUGUUUUUUUGAAAUAGUUCGAAAAAAAUUGAUGACUUAUCUUUUUCGUACUAGCUGAGUAUAUUCUUCUCAAAAUCCUUGUAGAUUUUUUUUUAAAAAGCAUAGAUUAUCAAAACGACGAGCAUGCUAUUGUAGGUCAUGCAAGAUCUCUCCCUCUUCAACCAAAAGAACUAGGAUUUUCGGUUAGGCUGUUCUCAGAUUCUUCCGAAAGAAAUGCUGACUGAAAGCUGCAAAAAGGACGUAGAAAGUGGUAGAUUUCUUUUUUCCCAGAGCUCAUAAAUGUUGUAUUUUACACGUAAAUCCUUGGGAAUUUGUACUGAUAAGUAUCGUAUCUCACGGCGUUACUCUGUUUGAACUCAGUUGCCAUAGCGCUUUUUAUCCCACGCUGAAGGAGAAGCGGAUAAAAAAAUAAGCGUAUGAAUGGGUGCGAGAGAGCACGCCGACAGACGGAGGCUCACGCGCCAGAAGUGUUCACGUCACGGCUGGCGCCGAGCCAGAAGAGUUGCCAGAGAGUGGAGGCUCAAGCCUUGGAGAGAAGCCCCGCCUCGCGGCCUUCUCGCCACCGCCAUUCGUUCCGUUUUUCUCCGACUCCAGCCCUUUUUUCCUUGUUUUGUUUUUUUCGCCCUUCCACGACCUCCUUAUUCGUCUUUGCUCGCCGCCGCCACACUUGUCGACGUCCAACUUGACUUGA